CGAUUGACCCUCUCAAGAUUAUAAAAUUUUUAAAAUUUGAAUUUUCUUUUGAGAGAAAAAAUCUGAGUUCAAAUACACGUCUUUAAAAAUAUUUUACGAUUUUAAUUGAAUUGUACUUUAGAAGUUUGCGGUCGUUUCUCGGCGAGAUUCUCUCUCAAUUCUCAGCUAAGAUGGUGUUGUAUUUGCUCCACCAGGCGGCUUCAGGGUUUUCUCUGUUUCUCUGCCAUGAAUUUGAAUCAGAAGACACCGGAAAGAUUAGUGACGCUGUUCGGAACUGCGUGAGCGACCUCAAAGAGUUCAGCAAAGUUGUAAAGCUCGUGGCUUUCGAACCUUUUCAAUCGCCCCUCCACGCCCUAAAUCAAAUCACUGCUUUCUCUUCAGGUCAAAUGACUGACGAGUUACACAAAUUUUUGGUACUUGGGCUCCCCAAACCGGAGGAGGGAAACGAUUCCGAAUUGAGUGUAGGAUUAGCAGAGCCGAAACUUGGUUCUCGUAUCUUUCAAGUAACAAAGAUUCCCUGCCAAACCGAUGAGUUUAUUUUAGAAGUCUUUCGUGGUGUGUAGUUGCAUAUUGAUACAAUUAUAAACCCAAGCAUGAAACCCUUCUACACUAUUCCAAGCAAACGUCUGAAGUUUUCUGCUCCUUCACCAGAUUGGUCCAAUCUUCAUACUGAUAUUUUGGAGUCUGUUAUAAAGAGGAUGACUUGUUUUGACAUUAUUCGCUUCAAACACGUAUGUCGUUCAUGGAAAAUAGCUGUUUUGAAUUUCUGGCAUAUCUCUAAUCCUUCUUCACAGCCUCCAUAUAUGAUCUGGUCAACAACAGACAACAGGGGAUGUUGUUUUCUCAACCUUGCUCGUCAGAAACUAUACCACGAGUUCAACAACUUGUGGGGGGAUUUAAAUAUUUAUUGUAUUGGAUGUUCAAAAGGCUGGUUGAUAUUACAUGUUGUGGAUGAAGAAUACCGAUCUUCUGUAUUUAUCUUCAACCCCUUUUGUUUUGUAGCGAGGAAGAUUGUUAUUCCUACCGAUACUCUUCCAGAUUAUAGGAUUAUCAGAAAAAAUUAUCGAACUCUUCUCACAUCAGAUCCCAUUCAUUCCGGAGGCAAAUUUGGAGUCAUUUUCCUAAUGUAUAAUAAAGUCAGAUUGUUAAUGCAGGAUAGUUAUCAUCCCGAAAACAACAAGUGGAUCGAGGACCCGUCGAUGUCUUGGUCGUUCUCUUCCCUUGAAGAAUCAUGUAUCAGAAAAUAUGGAUAUAUUCAAUCGACGUCCAAGUUCAAUUCGACAACCAAUUGUUCACCUUGUUUUAGCAAGAUGACUCGUAGCAUUCCUCCAAGAAAAAUUUUCUGGCGUCCUUGGGCCAUUAAUAAUAUUAUACUUUAUUUGGUAGAAUCGGGGGUUGAUAUUCUUCUUGUUACAAGGAUUACAGGUACUCUUCAUGAAAAUGGUCAGCAGGUUCAUGCAACUAGGUACUUUGAUGUUUUUACGUAUAAUUUUGAUGACAAACGAUGGGUGAAAGUGGAUUCUCUGGGAGAUCGUAGUUUGUUUCUUGGUGGUGAUCAUUCUCUGUCUCUUUCGGUUUUGGAUAUUCAAGGUUGUCAAGGGAAUUCUAUUUAUUUCACGGAUCAUAUUUCUUCAAUUAGCAACGAGACUGGAGUUGAUACGGGUGUAUUUAGCUUGGAGGAUGGAAGUAUCAAGAAGCUCACAUGGAGGAGGCAAAGAGAAUCAAACAAAGAACAAUUUCAGUUUAGCUAGUUUAAACUUAUGGUGGACUUCGCGGAAACACCCUCCUUUUGAGUGUUCAAAUUUUCAAGUCAUACUUAUGAUAUUGUAUUUGGCUAGCAUAUAUUUUCUGCAUGUUUAUAGAAUUGGAAUGGUGUGUCCUAACUUCUGCAUUUCUAUAGAAUUGGAUUGAUGUGUC